UAUAGCAUUUCGCCUGCGUCUUCUUACGUAACAAUAUGAAAAGUGGUAUUCUACAGCACAACGCUUUGGCCAUUAUCGAACCGCCCAAGUAGUGACAAUCAGUCGCGCAAGCUGCCAUAUUUCCCCCUAUCCUGUGCAGGCGUAGCGUCAAAAGACGCUGAAGUGAAGAUGCAGGGAAUGUUCCUGUCGAUGCUGACAUCGCUGCUUGUCAGCAUGUGCGUCGUGUGCUGCCAAUACGCCAUCCCAGCCGGAGUGGGCAAUCCGGAGGGACUCACCUACUACAAUCACGAACAGAUGACUGCCUUCCUGAAGAAAAUCAGCGAUCGCUACCCGGGGUUCACCAAGCUCUACAGUAUCGGCAAGUCUGUCGAAGGACGUGAACUGUGGGUCCUGCUGGUGACCAAGGAGCCCCACAAGGAGCCGCUGCUCAAGCCAAAUGUGAAGUAUGUUGCGAACAUGCACGGCGACGAGACGGUGGGCCGCCAGCUGAUGGUGUACCUGAUCUCGCACCUGCUGACUCAGUACAACGUGGACCCAUACGUGCGUAACCUGGUGGACAGCACGCGUAUUCAUAUCAUGCCCAGCAUGAACCCCGAUGGAUACGAGGUCGCCCAGGAGGGCAGCUGCUGGGGCACGCGAGGACGGCACAACGCUCGGGACGUGGACCUGAACCGGAACUUUCCGACCCGCUACAACACGCAGAUGGAGGAAGAGCAGCCCGAGACUGCGGCAGUUCGACGGUGGUCGCGCGAGGUCCCCUUCGUGCUCGCCGCCAACCUUCACGGUGGCUCGCUGGUUGUAAACUACCCGUUCGACUACGCCAAUUCCCUGAUGCAGGGCUUUGAAGACGAUCGCCAGCCAUCUCUGACGCCCGACGACGACGUGUUCCGGCACAUCUCCGGCGUCUACUCAUUCAACCACGCCAACAUGCACCUAGGCAUAGCGUGUUCCCCACACGGUCGGUCAGUCGUUCCCAAUGGCACAACGAACGGUGCUGCCUGGUACGCCUUCUCAGGCGGCAUGGGGGACUACAACUACAUAUAUGAAGGCUGCAUGGAUGCUACGCUGGAGGUGUCCUGCUGCAAAUUCCCCCACCCUCGUGAACUCACCCACUUCUGGCAGGAGAACAGGCUAUCCCUGCUGGCUUACUUGGGUGAAGUCCACAAAGGGUGCUACAGCAUAAGCAUCAAGAAAGAACUCCGGCGUAAUAAAAACAAGCUCAAUGUCUAA